ACAGAAAGGACUAGAGAUUGCUCAACUUAAGAUAAAGCUGCAGACAGCUGAGAUAAAGUUGAAAGAUCUUGAGUCUGGAAAAUCCAGCAAAGCAGAGAUGAAGCUAACCCGCAAAAAGCCAGAUGUCCCAGAUGCCCCGGGACAGUCCUCCACACUUCCUGAGACUGAUUUUGAAGUUCCAGAUGAUUGGUGUGCUCCACUCGGCUACAAGACAGCGAAAAAACAGAAAAUAUCUCCAAGUGUGACGCUGCGCAAGCUUUCCAUUCCUCUGAGUCAAGUUCCCAUCAAUAAAGAGAAGCUUAACUGUCCUAGUAUCAACCUCCAGAGAUGUAAGAGUAACAGAAGAUCUAGAAGAAUUUCUUCUUUGAAAGAAAAGUCAAAACCCAUUGUGAUCAAAGAAGUGCCAAAUUAUGUCCAAGGUGUUAACGUUUCUUCAGUGAGGAACGAUAAUACAAUCCUGCUCAGAGACGUCAAACACGAAGACUGCGCCCUAACAAAUGCAAAAUGUCUUAGAAAACAAAACAUGGGUGAGAACACGUUAACAGAUAAACAGAAAGAAAAAACAUCAAAGCACAAAAAACCCCUGAAAAAACAUGCAAAAAAAGGGACCACGUCUGCUGAACUAACGAAUGCAAAGAUAAAGGAAACAAAAAAAUACACUUGUAUGUUUUGCAGCAAGUUGUUUGAAACAAAACCUGGUCGAAAUAUUCACGCCCGUUUCCACCGGACCUGCACAGGCUGCAAAAAAGUCCUCGGCGGUGUUUAUUCUCUCGGUGUUCAUACCCAAUCUUGUGCAGCAUAUAAAAAACGGAUGGCACAAGAAGCCAAAAAACCUCCAAAAAUCUGUGAUAGAUCCUCAAAUACCACUGUCAAACCAAAAGUGGCCAUAAAGAAUGAGAGCGUGGAUGUUUCAAUCGACAACAGUAAAACAUUCAACAAGCACACCUCAUCGCACAAAGAACGCACAAAUGUAAUCGUCAAAAAUUGAGAGCUCGGACAGGCGAAGCCUUUAGAUCAUGAAAUUGAAGAUCACAGAGAGGAUUUGCUACCUCAGUAAAAAUACACAUCAAUAAAUUGAAAGUAAACAAAAUGAAGAUAAGAUGCCUCAGAUGAGCACAACACUUGCAUCCACAC